AUGUCGUCCUCUUCGUCGCCCCAGAUCACUGGACAGCAGCAGCCCCUGCGAUCAGCCAUGAAGACGGAUGAAGAGUGCGCGUCCAACACCGCCAAAGUCGUUCAAAUCGCUGAGCCAGAGGCUGACGCUGUCGCCCCGCCUCCACCUGCCCCGCCUUCCGAUCAUCACCACAAGAGACAGUACGCCGCCAACAUGGCCAAGAGGUUGACAGGUCGCAUGGGCCUCACCAGCUCCUCAUCGUCUCGCUCUUCCCCUGUCAUGGAGCCGUCACCUGGCCCGUCUUCCGACGAUGCUACCGCUGCUGCUGCUGCUGCUGCUGCCGCAGCCGCAGCUCAAGCCUCUCAUCACCACCAUCGCCACGGCCACAAGGCCCACUACGAGAGUCAGAAGCUGCUUGCCCAGCUCAACGACUGGUUAGAGCAUGAGAAGAAGAAGAAGGCUGCCCGGAAGAGCAAGACAUCGCCCCGACGCCGCUCACCGCAGUCAAAGACCAAGAAGGAACAAUCUCCUGCGGCAGAGACGGCAGACCCGACAGCCCAGCCCGCUGCUCCUCGCUCACGCUCGGACUCCAUCGACUCCGAUUCCAGCGACGUCUCCUUCGAUAGGCUGCAGAAGAUCAUCGAGGACAGCAUGGCUUCUAUGGGAAUCAGCUCGGUGCCUCAAAUGAGCCCCAAGGUCGGCAGGCGCCCCUCCCUCCGUCACAAGAAGUCCUUGUCGCGUAGCAUGCUCCACAGGACGGCAAGCUCCGACACCGAUUACAUCGGCGAGGAUGUCAUAGUACCAACCUGCGACGCAAUUCUCGACAACUCAAAGACCCUCAGCUACAGCGGUGGUGGCAAGAGUACCGACGACCUGACCCUUGGUGGCCAGGCGGACGAGAAGGAGAAGGCCUGGGAAACGUUCAAGAAUGAGAUUGUGCGUCUCGCCCAUACUCUGAGAAUCAAGGGUUGGAGAAGAGUCCCUCUGGACAGUGGCAACAGCGUCAUCGUGCAACGUCUCAGCGGAGCCUUGACCAACGCCGUCUACGUCGUCUCUCCUCCCGAAGACCUCGGGGAAGUACCCGGCAAGAAGCCCCCACCAAAGCUCCUCCUGCGCAUCUACGGACUCGAAGCCCUCAUCGACCGCGAGAACGAACUUAGCGUGCUCCGGCGACUGGCGCGAAAGAAGAUUGGCCCGAGACUCCUCGGGUGCUUCACCAACGGCCGCUUCGAGGAGUACUUCAACUCCAUCACCCUCACCCCCAACGACCUGCGCGAUCCCGAUACCUCCAAGCAGAUUGCUAAGCGCAUGCGGGAGCUCCACUUUGGCAUCGACGUCUUGGACAGGGAAAAGGAUGAGGGACCUGCCGUGCUCAAGAAUUGGGAUGCCUGGCUCGGCAACGUCGAGAAGAAGAUUUGCGCCCUCGACGAAGGCGUACGCAAUGGCAACUGCGUCUUCCGCGACCGCGGGUACGUGUGUGGUGUGGAGUGGAAGCAGUUCAAGGAGCUUUACGACAAGUAUCGCGAGUUGGCUCUCAGCGCCUACAAGGGCCACGCUAUCCGCGAGCGUCUCGUCUUCGCCCACAACGACACCCAAUACGGCAACAUCCUCCGCAUGCGCCCCGACGACGAAAAGUCCCCCCUCCUGAAGCCAGCAAACGAGCACAAGCAGCUCGUCGUAAUCGACUUCGAGUACGCCGCCGCCAACGUCCCAGGCCUCGAGUUCGCAAACCACUUCACGGAAUGGUCCUACAACUACCACCACGAAUCCCUCCCCUUCCUCUGCAACACGGCAGUCUACCCAACCAUCCAGGAACAGCGCCGCUUCCUCAAAGCCUACGUCGAGCACCGCCCCCAAUACACCCACGGCGGCGCCUCCACCCCCCGCCUCACCCCCGCCGGCGCCGCAGACGGCAGCAGCGCCGUCGGCACGCUCGCCCUCCUCCCCACCAGCUCCUCCUCCUCCAUCGUCGAGUUCAUGCUCGACGCCCGCGUCCCGCCCAACCACUGGAAAGAAGAAGAGCGCCGCGCAGAGGAGGCCGUCGAGGCCGAGAUCAAGGAGCUCUACGAGGAAACCCGCCUCUGGCGCGGCAUCAACAGCGCGCAGUGGGUAGCGUGGGGCGUCAUCCAGGCCAAGGUCCCCGGGUUCGAGUCCCAGGAGGAAAUCGAGCAGCAGGAGAAGCAGGCGCAGAACGAGGCCGCCGCGGCCGCGGGCGACGCGGACGCCAAGGCCGAGGUGCAGGCUGCCGCGGAGGCCGAGGACGAGGGCGACGAGUACGAUUACCUGGGCUACGCGCAGGAGCGGGCGUUCUUCUUCCUGGGCGAUUGUGUGCUCAUGGGGAUCGUGAAGAAGGAGGAGUUGCCCGAGGACGUGCAGUCCCGGCUCAAGAUUGUGGAUUACUGA